AUGGGUUCGGCAAUUUCUUCUUGUAUCCAAACCCUGCCUCCUCUGGGGGAUUUCCUGCGCCCCACGCUGGAUGCAUAUCUGGUUUCGCUCAACGUCUUCCAAUACUUCCCCCUGGUCUCUCUCAUACAAUGGUGCACGGCCUUCCAUCCAGCCGGGAAAACCUCGCUGAAGAACUCGUACCUCAACUUCCCCGGCCGACUUGGCUGGUUCAUCAUGGAGGUCGUCGGUCCCGUCAAUCUCCUCUACAUCCUCUGGACGCUGCCUCCCCCCCUGAAUAUCGCCUCCCUCCCGCUGCCUAACAAGCUGGCUGCCUCGCUCUAUGUCCUCCACUAUAUCAACCGCGCCAUUGUCUCCCCGUUCUUCGCUGCACCCAGCAUGUCCCCCAUCCAUGCCUUCGUUGUGUUUUCCGCCGUUCUGUUUAAUUGGUUCAAUUCGACCUGUCUCGCCGGUUGGAUCGUCGGAUAUCAGAUCCCCAUUGUUCUUCCGGCAUACUCAUCUACCUCUAAGCCUGCUACGAUGCCAUCCUCUCCCCCUUCCUCCUCUUCUUCCUCUUCCUUACUCAUCCCCUCCCUAGGCCUAUGUCUCUUCCUCCUCGGAAUGGCAGGCAACAUUUACGCCGAACGCACCCUCUUCCGACUCCGUCGCGAGGGAGCCGAAACCCGUCCGACCAAGAAACCAUCCUCCUCAUCGCAAUCCACCACCACCGAUAGCAAGAACCGCAACAGCAACAACAAAAACAAAUUCUCCAAAGUCUACGUCAUCCCCCCUCCCACCGGCCUCUUCCACUCCAUCCUCUACCCGCACUACGUUUGCGAAUGGCUCGAAUGGCUCGGUUUCGCUCUCGUCGGGACGGCGGUCCUCCCUGUCUCUUCUUCUUCUUCUUCGGUCCUUGGGAGUGCGUCGGUCGCGACUACUUCUUCAUCGCCUAUCGUCCUAGCACCGUGGAUUGUGCCGUUUGCUCUGGGAGCGGACAAGGCGGGCCUGAGAUUCCCUCUGCCGGCUGUGCUGUUCUUUGUGAAUGCAGUGGCUAAUAUGUUGCCGCAUGCGCGAUGGGGACGGAAAUGGUAUGUGGAGCGAUUUGGGGCGAAAAAGGUUGCCGGGAGGGGUGCCGUAUUGCCGUUUUGUGGGUGCUUGUGA